AUGCCCCCGAAGAAGAAAGGCGAUGGGAAAGGAGGCCCCAAGCCUGGCACAAAGCAGGCCAAGGCUGUCGCAGAGAAAGCCGGGGAGGCAAAGCCAACAGAAGAACCCAAGAAACCAUCCGUGAAGGAGGUCAUUGGCGGCGCAUCAUGGACAGGAAAGCUGCCGGUCAAUAUGUUGGCAGAGCAUUGCCAAAAGCAGAAAUGGGAAAAGCCCGAGUACAGCAUGAUAAAAACCUCGGACGGAUUCGUGUCCGCUGUGACAAUGAAGAAAAUAGACCCAAAGACUAAAGAGCUCAUUGUGAUUCCACCGAUGAAGCUUCCUCCUUCGCAUAAGCAUCUCGCCGGACAACCGACAGCCCUGGAGGCCCGCCACUUUGGUGCAGCCUUUGCUUUAUUCCGCGUAUGCAAUAUGCGCAACAUUCAUAUGAUGAUGCCCCCUACUUAUAAAAAACUUUGGAAGGAGGACUUUGGGGAGAUCAAGGCAAACGAUACCCGGGAAGGCAAAGGCUGGAUGUACGAGGCAGAUCCAUUCCUCGCCAAGCAGGAACGUGAAAGUGCAGCAGCCGAUCUUGCGAAGAAACGUGCGGAACGGGACAAAGCACAAGCCAAGGAGAAGGCAUCAAAUGCCGAGUUAGGGCUGGGCAAUGGAGAUGCCAAGUCAAAGCGUAUCUGGUCGCAAGCACCCAAGGUGGACAUGGGCAGUCGGAUCCGAAGAGAUAUUGAAGGUCUGUUGCGGCAACACACGGUCUGGAACCCUUAUGGGGUCAAGAUCCCUGAAAACCGAAGGAAGGAGAUUGCAGACGAGUUCUCCGGCUUGGGUUUCCGUCGCAGUCAUGUUGAGGAAGCUGCGGCAGAAUGCAAAGACCGUGAAGAGGUACUGGAAUGGCUCCUCAUCUAUGUCCCCGACGAUGACCUUCCGCGAUGGAGUCUCCCAGAGGGUUAUUCGGCUGGGGUCAGCCUUGGUUCCGGCGAUCUCGCCCGUGAGGCCAAGAUCAAGAGACUGGCUUCCGUUGGAUACCCUUCCGAUAUGUGCUCUCAAACCUUGGACAGUAUGAAUGGCGAUGAGUUGGCCGCUGCGGAGCUGUUGCAAGGCACCUUGGCCCAUGGAUCUGAGUACGCCCUCCCAUCCGUCGAUGAAGAUGACGAGGCUUGGGCAGAAGAAGCGAUCACACUGGAAGCAAUCUUCGGUGAACGUUAUCGUCGCAUAUCAGCCAAAGUCUGUGAGAUCACUAGCGAGGCAGGGGAGCUUCCUGCCAGUACAAUCUUCCGCUUCCAAAAGCCCUCCGCACACUAUCCAAGCACGCCCCCUGUCAUCUCAAUCGUGGCGAACGGUGUUCCAGCUUAUAUCCGCCUCAGUGCAAUCCGUCGGGCAGUGCAGUAUGCCGAGGAUAACUUUUCGGGUGAGUCCAUGAUAUUCAAUAUCAUGGAUUGGCUCGAGGUCAACCUACCUGCCGUUAUGGAGAACCCAGGCAAGCUACGAGAGAUUUCUGCUGUAACAGCUUCCGCGGUAGCUGAGACCCAUGAAAUCCCGGUUCGUUCAUCGCGCAAGAAUCGCAAGGGAAUUGAUUGGACCGUCGACUCAGAACGAAGCUUGGCUAUGCGUGAUGCCUGGGAGACGAAACAGAACACAGCCCAGCAACUUGAAAUGACUCGGAAGCGAAAGGCCCUUCCCGCUUGGAAUACCCAAUAUGAUAUCAUCCAGGCCGUCAACUCAAACCAAGUGACCAUUAUCUCCGGUGAAACCGGUAGUGGUAAAAGUACCCAAUCUGUUCAAUUUGUGCUGGAUGACAUGAUCCAGCGAGGGCUAGGGGGUGCUGCCAACAUCAUCUGUACGCAGCCACGACGAAUUUCAGCAUUGGGCCUUGCCGACAGAGUCAGCGACGAGCGUUGCGCCACUGUCGGUGGUGAAGUUGGAUACGUGAUCCGAGGCGAGUCCAAGGCCAAACCUGGCUCCACCAAGAUCACCUUCGUGACUACAGGUGUCUUACUGCGUCGGAUUCAAUCCGGCGGUGAUGCAGAUGGCAACGUAUCGAGCUCUCUCGCGGACGUUUCACACGUGGUGGUUGAUGAGGUUCACGAGCGUAGUCUGGACACAGACUUCCUUCUGGCGCUUUUGAGGGACGUUUUGCGUUAUCGCAAAGACCUCAAGGUAAUCCUCAUGAGUGCUACCCUUGAUGCGGGUAUCUUCAUGAAUUACUUUGGCGGCCAAAGAUCGGUUGGAUUGGUAAACAUUCCCGGUCGAACGUUCCCCGUCCAAGACUACUACUUGGACGACGUUAUCAAAUACACAGCGUUUGCGCCGGAGCUUGCAGAAGAUUACGAGUAUGAUGAAGAACCAUCCCGGGGCGAGGAAACACUUGGUAAAGCACUUCGGAGCUUGGGCAUGGGCAUCAACUAUGAUUUGAUCGCAGCAACAGUCGAAUACAUUGAUGCACAGCUGGGUGAACAGGCUGGUGGGAUUUUGAUUUUCCUCCCUGGUACCCUAGAGAUCGACAAGUGUUUGGCGGCAGUCAAGAGAAUUCCAAACACACACCCUCUACCAUUGCAUGCCUCUCUCCUGCCCGCCGAGCAGCGCAGGGUAUUCCAAAGUCCCCCCAGAGGAAUGCGAAAGGUCAUUGCGGCCACUAACGUAGCUGAAACAUCCAUCACGAUCGAGGAUGUCGUUGCUGUCAUUGACACCGGUCGAGUCAAGGAAACAAGUUACGACCCCAAGGACAAUAUGGUCCGUCUUCAGGAAGUGUGGGCCUCUCAGGCGGCUUGCAAACAGCGCCGUGGUCGUGCAGGUCGUGUCCGCGCGGGUAUCUGCUAUAAGCUGUACACCCGCAAAGCCGAAUCCAACAUGGCCCAACGGCCAGAUCCGGAAAUCCGCCGUGUGCCAUUAGAACAGCUGUGUCUGUCUGUAAAGUCUAUGAAGGGAAUCGACGAUGUUGCCAACUUCUUAGCGAAUACCAUCACCCCUCCGGAAAGCAUAGCUGUUGAAGGUGCCCUGAACUUCCUACACCGUGUCGGGGCCCUUGAUCACGACAGACUCACUGCACUGGGUCGAUACCUCUCAAUGAUUCCCGCAGACCUCCGAUGUGCCAAGUUGAUGGUCUACGGCUCAAUAUUCGGCUGUAUUGAGCCCUGUCUCACAAUCGCAGCCAUGCUGACUGUCAAGAGUCCGUUCAUAUCACCGCGCGAGAAGCGCGAAGAAGCCAAUGCCGCCAGAGCAAGCUUCGCUCGCGCAGGCGACGGCGACCUUCUCACCGAUCUCUCAGCUUACCAAGCUUGGUCUGAGAGAGCCCAGGCAAAAGGUGGUUACUGGGGAACCCAGUCUUGGUGUGGCGCCAAUUUCCUCUCCCACCAGACGCUGCGCGAUAUCUCCUCCAAUCGCGCUCAAUUCAUCACCUCUCUCAAAGAUGCGGGCGUCUUAGCAGUCAACUACUCGGAUUCUUCGCCCGUUUGGAAUCGCAAUGCCUCCAAUCGUAAUUUGAUCCGUGCUCUCAUCGCCGGAGCUUUCCAACCGCAGGUCGCACAGAUCUCUUUCCCUGAUAAGAAGUUUGCUAGCUCUGUCACCGGUACCGUUGAGGUUGACCCAGAUGCGCGCACUAUCAAAUACUUCAACCAGGAGAACGGUCGCGUCUUCAUUCACCCAAGCUCGAUUCUGUUCUCUGCUGCUGGCUACCCCAAUGCUGCCGCAUACAUCAGCUACUUCACAAAGAUGGCUACUAGCAAGGUUUUCAUUCGCGAUCUUACCCCUUUUAACGCAUACUCACUUCUCCUCUUCUGUGGCUCCAUUGAGCUUGACACUGUGGGUCGUGGUCUAGUUGUAGACGGCUGGCUCCGUCUCCGAGGCUGGGCCCGAAUCGGUGUACUCGUCUCGCGACUUCGGACGAUGUUAGACGAGGCGCUUGCGGAACGAUUCGAUAACCCUUCGCAGAUAACCGAUGGCAGCAGUAUUGGAGAUCAAGUGAUCGAGGCUGUCAAGAAACUGAUUGAGUUCAAUGGACUUGAUCAAUGA